AUGUAAUAAAAUUAAUGCGUAUAGACCUCCUCAUUUGAGUUGGCAUUUUAAUUAUAAGAUCUAAUCUAUAGAGAAACAAAGAUUAAAUCUCCAUCUCUCUAAUACAAUUUUUCCACAUCUAAAAAGACUAUCUCAAACUCAAAGUAAAUAAAAUAAAUAAAUUCACAUCGAAGUGUUGGUGAAAUAAACUCAAAUAUCUCAUCCCCUCCUCCUAAAAAACUUUUAGGUAAACCAGUUGAAGGAAGAGCAUUGCUAGCUAAUUUGAUGUUUCCAAGUUAAGCAAAAAUGAAAGUGUCAAUUAUAGAAUAAAAUAAAGAGAAAAAAGAUUAACAAACCUAAAAAAAUAUUCAUAUGGCAAGAAGACUUAGUUAAUACAAUUAAAAUGAAUCUAAAUCAAGUAAAUAGUUUGAAUGGAUCAAUAAAUUUAAUUUACAAUUGCAAAAGUGUAAUUAUUAUGUAAACAAUGAAAAAUCAGUAAAAUUAAAAACAUAAAGAAAAAGACAGUUAUCUGUAUUGGAUGAUGUUCUACCUAUUAGUUCUCGAAAUCUUUUUGUAAAUGGAACUUAGAGUCAAUUUUCAAGUCGAGUAAAGACACCAAAUAAAAAAUGA